AUGGGCGACAUUCAUAUGGAUGUAGGGGUCGAAAAAGACGGUCCUACGCUGAAAAUCGGUUUUCUCAACUCAGAUGUGCAAAGUUUGCUUGAUCACUACAUGGACGUGUACGAUGUGGUACUAGUGCAGGACCAAUCGAUGAAAGUGCCCGAUACAGUCGUGCAAGCAAUUGCGGCCGGUUUCCUGAAACGUCUAUAA